AUGGAGAGAGUGAAGGUGGAGAUUGAGAGAGUUAAGGAGGAGGAAAUGGAGAGAGCGAAGGAGGAGGAGCUGGAAAGAGUCAAGGAGGAGAUGGCGAGAGUAAAGGAGGAGAUGAUGAGAGUGAAGGAGGAGAUGGACACAGUGAAGGAGGAAGAGGUGAUGAGGGUGAAGGAGGAGAUGGAGAGGUUGAAGGAGAUGGAGAUAGACAGAGUAAAGGAGGAAAUGGAGAGAGUGAAGGAGGAGAUGGAGAGAGUGAAGGAGGAGUUGAAGAGAGUGAAGGAGGAGAUGGAGAAAGUGAGGGAGGUGGAGCCUGAGAGAGUGAAGGAGGAGGAGAUGGAGAGAGUGAAGGAGGAGGAGCCAGAGAAAGUGAAGGAGGAGGAGAUGGAGAGAGUGAUGGUGGAGGAGAUGGAGAAAGUGAUGGAGAAAGUGAGGGAGGUGGAGCCGGAGAACGUGAAGGAGGAGGAGAUGGAGAGAGUGAAGGAGGAGGAGCCAGAGAAAGUGAAGGAGGAGGAGAUGGAGAGAGUGAUGGUGGAGGAGAUGGAGAAAGUGAAGGAGGAGAUAGAGAGAGUGAAGGAGGAGGAGAAG